GACUUGCGCAGACAGGCUCACAUCAAGAACUUUUAAACAACAAUCAGUUGUGUUAGUGCAUGUCUGAAACAGAAUCAAGUCUGGUAGGACAUAACAGUUCCGUCAAUCAGUACCAAAGCACUCUUCAAUUUGGAGGCAGAUCUUUCGUCCAGAUUCCCCCAUCAGCGAUUGUGAUCAAAACACAGGGGUUGUGUACCAGAAGGAACGUGUCCUUACAUGUCCGUAGGACAGCAUAUCUGACAGGAUGGACCCCACCAAGGCAAGUUCCUUACACCAUUUCAUUUAUCGGGAGAUUAACAGUGAUCUAACUUCCUCCGACUUAGUCCAGCUAAAGGCUGAGUUGAGACCGUAUCUUGACAGGGAUACAAUUAACAAGUGCCAGGAUGGAUAUGACAUCUGCCGUGGACUCGAAAGAGCCGGACAUAUCAGCAUCGGAAAUUAUGAAGUGUUGAAAACAAUCCUAGAAGCGGCCGGCUUUAUAAACCUUCUUCAUUGUAUUGAAACCAAAUCAGCAGAAAUCGAGCCAGCCCAAGGACACAACAUUUCUGACAAUGACCACAGGCGGAGAGAUAUCUUACACCAUGCCAUUUAUCGGGAAAUUGUCACAGAUUUAACUUCCUCCGACUUUGAAGAGCUGAAGGCUGCGGUGAGACCGUAUCUUGACAGAGCUAUAAUUGACAGGUGCCAAAAUGGAUAUACCAUCUGCGAUGAACUGGAGAAAUCCGGAGUAAUCAGCAAAGGAAAUUAUGAGAUGUUGAAAACAAUUCUAAACUCCGCCGGCCUUAUAAACCUUCGAGAACGUAUUGAAACCCGAGCAGCUGAAAUCGAGCCAGAUGUACCAACUGUGAAAACACGGAAAGUGAACGAAAACAAUGUAAUCCACAACGAAAUUCUACAACUCGUUAAUCAGGAGAUUAUUCCCAACGAGUUCAGAGGUUUUCAACGCGCCGCAAGUGUUUACCUGAGCACUGCAACGGUUGCCAGAUGUAAAUCAGGAUUCCACAUAUGCUGCGAGCUAGAGAAAGCUGGCAAGAUUAAAGUCGGGGAUUAUGAAAAUCUCAAGGAAAUAUUGGUCAUGGCCGAUCUGAUAUCCGUAAAAAAACGCAUCGAAGAGGAGGAAAGUAAGAUUAUAAAAGGAAGUGAUGAGGUCCCAAAGACUAGUCACUGCUCAGGUGAUGGUGCCCAAGGAAAUGUCCAUGACACACACAGCCCAGAGCAAGCCAGCUCAGGAAACAAAGACAGCAUCGACGAUGUAUUAGCACCAAAGUCAGAUGUCUCGGUUCAUAUGAACGAGCCGGACAAAAACAUUUGGUGGAAAAUCAUGAGCAGUGUUCAAAAUAGCGACAUUUGCCGAGAGUGGAGAACACUCGCGAGACAACUCGGUGUGAGUGACUGGGAUAUAGACGAGAUAGCCUACAGUAAUCCUCAACUAAAGGAACAAUGCUAUCAAAUGCUGCGCAGAUGGAGGCAAAUCGGCGGGUCAGGGGGUACACCAAGUGGUUUGAUUAUAGCUCUAAAACAACUGCAUUUCGAACAAGUUGCAGAACAGGUGGAGAACUGUAUCAGUUAAACGCAUCUGGUAAACUGAACCUGUUUGGAAGAUUCAACUGAGCUAACAACGCCGACUUAAAAAUUCCCCUGUACAAAGGCUGAGUUUGGGUCCAUAUUAUAAUGUACUUAAUUCACCACUAUUAAAUAAAGAAGAAGAUUUGUAC